GUUCAGUGCGUGCAGUGGCGAACUGGCAGCGAUGUCGAAUUUUCUCGCGCAUUUCAACCGUGGCUCUGCGUAGCCAUAACCGACCAGCGUUGCAGCCAUCAUUUAACUCACCUUGACGCCUCCCAAAAUGAAGAAGCUCGACAAACCUCAUGAACAUCAGCGACUUUACAAAUUGUCCCACCAGGUGCUCUGCAUCACAAGCAUAAACUUCCAGCGUCAAUCGCUGAUCGGUUUCGUCGAGUUGACCCUGUUCCCGACCAAGUCCGAACUAAGAUGGAUCAGAAUCAACUGCAAGCAGAGUCGUGUCUACCGGAUCCGCAUCAACGACCAGUUCGAGUGUGCAUUCCAGUACAACGACCCCACGCUGGACAUAUGCCCCGGAGAAAACAAAUUGAGGAACAUCGACACCUUCUCGGCUGCCCACAUGGCAGCAGUGAAAUCUGUCGACCCGGGCUAUGGAAACGGCGAAAUCUCGGUGAGAAUACCCUCGGAAGCCUCCCACCUCAUCCAAGAGGGCAAAGCCUUUCGAGUCAGCGUCGAAUUCUCCUUGGAGAAGCCACAGGGUGGCAUACAUUUCGUGGUACCUGAAUGUGAGGGAUCUCUUGCGGAGCGUGGCGUUCACGUCUUCACCUACGGCCACGAGAACUCUUCAAGGCUUUGGUUCCCAUGCAUAGACUCAUACGCGGACCCCUGCACAUGGAAGAUGGAGUUUACGGUGGACUCCAACAUGAUCGCCGUGUCGUGCGGGGACCUCGUGGAGACUGUCUACACGUCGGACAUGAGGAAGAAGACGUUCCACUACAGCCUCACCACGCCGACUUCGGCACCCAAGAUCGCACUGGCUGUAGGGCCCUUCGAGAUCUUUGUAGACCCUCAGAUGCACGAGGUGACGCAUUUCUGCCUCCCGCACCUACUGCCCCUCCUGAAGCAGUGCACCAACUUCCUUCAUGAGGCCUUUGAGUUCUAUGAGGAACUCCUGUCGAGUCGGUAUCCGUACUCCUGCUACAAGCAGGUGUUUGUCGCCGAAGCCUACGUCGAUGCUGACCCGUACGCAACACUCACCAUCCUGAGCGUCAACCUUCUGCAUUCAAAGCACAUCAUUGAUGAAGCAUACCUUUCGCGCAAGAUCAUGGCCAAGGCAGUGGCUGAGCAAUUCUUUGGCUGCUUCAUUGCGAUGCACACAUGGGCCGACUCAUGGCUGCCCAAGGGGAUUUCAGCGUACCUUGCCGGCCAGUACAACAAGAAGGCAUUUGGGAACAAUGAGUACAGAUUCUCAGUUCACAAGCAACUGAAAGAAGUGACAGCCUACGAACAGGAAGCGGGCGGCAUCAUACUGGACCCGAGUGGUUGCGACGUGCCCUUUCACUUUCCAGUCACCAACUUGCACACAAUGUCACCAAAGUACGCUGAGAUGUUGCGUGCCAAGUCCCACCUCGUCAUUCGCAUGCUCGAAGACCGCAUCGGAAGGGAGCUGCUUUUGCAGGUAUUCAACAAACUUCUCUCGCUCGCAAGUUCUGCAGCUCAGCAGAAAGUCACUUCCAACAUGUGGCACAACAUGCUCCUAUCAACUAACAGCUUCCAGAAGGCAAUAUUCAUAGUGACUGGAAAGGAUAUCAAGACCUUCUUGGAGCAGUGGGUACGCCAAGGUGGUCACGCCAAGUUUCCACGGACGUUCGUCUUCAACCGGAAGCGCAACACCGUGGAGCUCGAAAUAAAGCAGACCGACACGCAGUCACUGGGCAUCAAGAAAUAUGUGGGUCCACUAACCAUUACCAUCCAAGAGUUGGAUGGCACGUUCAAGCACAACCUUCAGAUUGAAGAGAACGCCACCAAGCACGACAUCACCUGCCACUCGAAGAGCAGGAGGAACAAGAAGAAGAAGAUUCCUCUAUGCACGGGUGAAGAGGUGGACAUGGAUCUCUCUGCAAUGGAUGCUGACUCACCCGUGCUGUGGAUUCGCAUUGACCCGGACAUGCUGCUUCUGCGGCAGGUGGUAUUCAUCCAGCCCGACUACCAGUGGCAGUACCAGCUGCGCUACGAGCGGGACGUUACAUCUCAAAUCGAGGCAAUUGAAGCGUUGAGCCAGUUUCCCACCCCGCAAACCCGACUCGCACUGACGGACACCAUCGAGAACGAGCACUGUUUCUACAGAGUCCGAUGCGCCGCUGCCUUCUGCCUGCGCCAGGUGGCUAACAACAUGGUGGCGACGUGGGCGGGGCCACCAGCGAUGAUGACCAUCUUCAGGAAGAUGUUUGGCUCGCACUCGUGCCCACACAUCAUUAGGCAGAACAACUUCUCAAACUUCCAACACUACUUUCUGCAGAAGGCAAUACCUGUGGCCAUGGCUGGCCUACGAACCAUCCACGGCAUUUGUCCACCAGAAGUCAUGAAGUUCCUGUUCGACCUCUUCAAGUACAAUGAAAACAGCAAGAACAAGUUUUCCGACAACUACUAUCGGACAGCUCUCAUCGAAGCCCUCGGCGAGACUGUCACGCCGGUCGUGUCUGUCCUGGCCCACGUGGGCCAGCCCAUCACCGUCGAGUCGCUGUCGGCAGACACCAAGCUCAUCCUGGAGGAAAUCACCCGCUGCCUCAACCUCGAGAAGCUCUUGCCUUGCUACAAGUAUACGAUAACUGUAGGGUGUUUGAAGGCCAUUCGCAAGCUGCAGAAGAUGGGUCACCUUCCGAACAUAUCCGCGCUGUUCCGCGAGUACGCCCAGUACGGACUCUUUCUCGACGUCCGCCUGGCGGCUCUGGAGGCUCUUGUUGACUACACGACAGUUGAUGGAAACGCCGACGAUCUGAGCUUCCUGUUGGACAUUGUGGAGAAUGACCCCGUUCCUCGCGUCAGAUUGGCCCUGUUGCUGAUGCUAACGCAGAACCCACCGUUUUCGCGGCGCGACGACAGCCCCUUCAACACCGAAGAGCUUGCCGAGAGGCUGUGGAAGCUGAUGAGUUCCGGACUCUCUCAUGACUCGCGUCUGCGAUGUGCCGUGGUGGACUUGUACUAUGUAUUGUAUGGAAAGAACCGGCCGUCAUGCCUCUCGGGUCCAGACGCCAACCGCUCCUCACUGUCUAUGGUGCUCAACCUGAAAGAAAAGAAAGCCAAGUUCCAGGCACCUGCAGCUCCUGAGGACGACUUCUUUUCGAUGAAACUUGAGCCAGGUAGCAUAGUGUCCGGCGUGGAACUCCUAGCCGAGGCGGCUCUCACCGCAACUGAGCGGCUUGACACACAGGUGAUUCUGCUAGGGGACGCUGAUCACAUCAAGACGGAGGAAGAGGCUGUCGUGACUACUCAGUCAUUGGAAGCCACAGACGCUGAGGUCACUCAGGUGGAGCAAGACGAAGUGUACGUAGGUGCCGACGAACAGCAGCUGCAACACGAGCCGCCAGCCGAGCCGGAGCCGGUUGAAGUCAUUGAGCAGCCGCACCAUGAGCCCGAGGAAGCUGCUCACUCGGAUGUGGAACACAUGGAGGUCGAAGUUGAGGAGCCGGUAGCCGUCACACCCGUGCAACCACAAACAUCGGUGCAACCGCAGCAGAAAGAGACAUCGCACAGCAGUGCGGAGUCUGGUCCGGUGGCUGUGCCACUGGUUCCGAUUCAGCCGGCCGACAUCAACUACUCCGACGACUCACAGUCCAAGUCACUGCCAGGGCUUACAGGUGCUUCGACCCACCACCAGCCAACUGGCUUCGACUCGAGCAUGUUCAAGAUGGGCGCUCCGCUUCCUGAAGUAUCCCAGCCGCAAGCCGUCCCUCAGACGGACGUCGCUGCGCCGACGCCUCUGUAUCCAUCCGCCGCCGGGCUUCCCCUGGGCGUGUUUUCCCUGUCCGUCACGCCAUCGACAUCGCUCGGCGGGGUGUCGUCUGCCACGGGUGGUGAAGCAGAUGACGUCGUCGGCACUGUGAGCUCCAAAGUGCACAAAGACAAAAAGAAGAAGAAGAAAAAAGACAAGAAGCACAAGCAUAAACACAAGCAUCGCAGCCACGACCGACUCUUGGAAAAGGAGCGCUUCUACAGUUCGGGCGGCAGCACCAACCAGUCGCCAGCGCCGUUUGGAGGUGGCGCGUCGAGCAGCCCUCAACACGAGAUUAUCUGAGAGCUGCUGUGUGCAUUUCAAGCCGAGUGGGAGCAUUGCUGCUGAUGUUUAUAAUGUACAGCUGUGCCUUUUACGCGUUGAUUUUUUAGAGCCCAGGAAGACAAUACCAAACAUGAUCGAGUUGACAUUCUGCUACCCUGGCAAGAAGAUUGAGCAUAGGGUGACAGAGUGGGGGGAAAUAAUUGUUAUUUGUGUUUUUUUUUUGGCACUUGUUGAUUUCUUAAAACGAAUUCCCGUUAAUUUUUCCGCAUAGUGCAGGACAGUCGGUUGUCUACAGGUCCUGCGGCUUUCGGCGUAACAUAAUUGUUUUGUGCCCAAGUGACGGUGGAUUGAGCUGUCGUUUUGUGUGCCGUCGAGUGUGCAGUCAGUUGCCGUUACGGCGGACAACGCUCUUAAAGCGUCGCAACCAGCACGGCAGCGAAAAACAACAGGUUUUGCAACACCUCCAAAUGACGGCGAAUCGCGAUUUUUUAAGUUAUUGACCAUCCCAGUUUGCAGGGACUGCAAACACGUUUAUUUAUAUGGCCCAUUGCUGUGAGGAAUUCUUUAGCAGCUUGGGCUUUCAUGAACGCAAGUGGCUUCAAUCGACGACUUGUUGAAGAACCCCCGGCAUAAGUUCCAACCUCCGAGUGUGCGUUAAGGGUCUGCAACAAGAAGGUGGUGCGUUGCCGACAUUUUGUUUUGAUAUGGCUGGCCAGUGUGUUGACUUGAGAAAGAAACGAAAUUGCGGAUGCUAUGUGUAAAAUAAAUCUGUUGUACAAGU